AAAUGUCCUAUGGAGAAGUCACCACUAACUCCGAUCUCAAGCCUGGGACCUCACUCAUAAUCCCAAAACUCCCUAAAGCCAGUCUCCAGGCCCAAGAAAUCCCUUGGACCCUUAACCUAAACCCUGUUAAGUCGCCACCAACGCCUAAGAAGUCUCUUCGGCCAAAGCUACGUGACAGACUGGUCAACUCAUACAAUGAGAGGAAGAAGAGAAUUCUGAAUAAGACAAAGCAUGCCUUCCUGUCUGAAGAGAGUAAGUAAGCUAAUGGAGAGCAUGCCUGAAUACAAGGCCUAUCAGAUACAAGAAAGGUUUGGAUUAUAAUCCCUAAGAAACAUACGGUCGAAAGCAUCCUCUUGGAGUAUGAAGCACAUAAGGAGAAAUAGUAAGAUUAGACACCAGCAUAAGAAAAAACCCAAAAAUUUGGGUAAUUUGAAGAUAUUUAAGCGCAGAAGGAACAGGAUGAAAUCAAAACAGCAGAAAAGAGAUAAUCCAUUUUAUAAGCAAAGGAAUAAAAUUAAUUUUAAGAUUAAGAUUGGAGGAGUUAGGAAGUAUAACGCCUGGAGUAUCAUCUCACAGGCUAGCAUGAGUGAAGAGGAUACUGAGGUAAAAGAGAGACUCAGCAUUUUUAUGCCCACCAAAGCUAGCAAAUCUUAUAAGAGUUCAAGGCAAAUUAAAAAGGCAAAUCUAAGGAAAACACAAGACUCAUUUGGAAGUAUGGCUUCUAAGAAGCAUAAAUCAAUUGAUUUUACAAAUGAAGGGAUGAAUUCAUCUCUUAACAUCUGCCUAAAAGAAUCCAAGACUAAAAAGCAGUCUAGCUUACCAAAAUCUCCUAAAAGGUUAAAACUUAAUUCAAAGCCAUCAAUAUUUUCUGGGCUGAGUGCAUUAUCUCCUAAAAAGCGUGAUCUAUCCCUUGAAUUUAAGAAAUUUCUGGAGGCUAAAUCUCUUUUGAAUCCGAUUAGAACAAACCCUAUCAAGGUAAGUUCUGGAAGGAGGAAGGACUUCAGCAGGAGGACAAUUGUGAGUAAACUUCAAAAUAUUAUUGAGAAGGGAAGUUCAGAGACCCAAUCUUACAGAUCAAAAUACAGCAUUCCUUCUCAUAGAGGCAGGAAUUAUGACCAUAAUCUUAAGCUAAGGAAUAGUAUCAAUGGGCCAAUGACUGUUCAAGGGUACCAGAAAAGCAAAGAUCUUAUACCUCAUAAUGAGUUCAUCAGAAGCCUUGAUAACUCUAUGCAAGAGGUUACACAGAAAUAUGGUUUUGAUGAAAUUCCAAAGAAGAAGAAAAUUACCUUGGAGGAACGGUUUAACUCGUUCGAUCAAGAUUUUAAGAAGCUUCUUCACCGUGAUGCUUACUUUGCCAAGAUCUACAAAAAUGAAGAACAAUAUGAUAAGAAGUUACUUGGAAAACUUUAUUACCAGAAGAAGAUGCGAAUGACUCAGGAAGAGAGAGAAUUUGAGGUCUACAAAAAGUUUGUCAACUGGGCCCUUGUAUGAGCCACAGAUGAAUUCAUGAUCAAAAAGAAGCAGCUCUCGACCAUCAGAUCAAGUCCACCCAAGGAUAAAGGAUUUAGUGGUGCUUUUCGCAAGCCGAACGAGACUUUAUGGACCCUUAGUAAAAAGAUUAAAAAGUAAUAAUCAAUGGA